AUGGCGCCGCGGCUCGAAUCCCUGCCUGGCGAGAUCCUCGACUAUAUCCUAGGAUACCUCAUCGGCCAUCCCGUCGGCACGCUGCGCCGGGAGGACAAGAUUGACUGCCUGGCGCUUUCGCACUUGUCGCAAUGCUCGCGCUUCCUCAGCCAACGGCUCGAGCACAUUCUGUUCGGCACCACUGGAACCCUGCUGACAGCCAACAGGCACGGCUGCAUGACCGGCAACCUGCAUGCCUUGCGCAAGGCCGCUGCGCACGGCGCGCCGCCCGGUGUUGUGAGGCAUUCAGGGAUGACCUACGUGGAAGGCGUGGACUCAUAUCACCGGACUUAUGCGAGGCGGUCGUCUCUGUUGACGGCGUUGGAAUUUGGGCAGGCGGAGGCUUUUGACUUGCUGCUGGAGCUCGGCGCCGGAUUCGAUGCUCGCGACUACAACGGGCUCGAUGGAAUGGAGUGGGAGUGGGAUCUACUCGCGCUGGCACAGAAGCUCGCCGAGCCGCAGCACGAAGCCCAGCUGACGGCGUUUGUGCGCGCCACGGCCGAGACGCCGUCCUGGGGUGCCAACGGCACUGGCAGAGAGGAGCACUCGCAGGCCUCGGCCGUGGUGACCAAGAUGCCGCUCGGAACAAUGGUGCUGACGAGGUCUCUCAAGUUCCUGCGCGUGCUGUUCGAGCAGGGCCGGCCAUGGCGGGUGAACUGGGCAAUGGUGCAAGGGCUAAGCAGUGGUCCGGAUCGGAAUUCCCAGCGGCCCCUGACGCCCCUGAGCGCGGCCUGCCUCCGAGGCGACAUGGCCGUGUUUGAGCUCGUGCGUGCCGCGGGUGCACAGGUCGACUUCAGCUACACCCUGCGAGAGCAGCACGCCAGCAAGCAUAGCCACAUCCCCAUAUUCAUGGCGGCCGAGUACAUGGCCACCAGCGGAGGGGACACGCGGUUCCUGGACAUCUGCGUGGCCGCAGGAGCAGACAUCAACCAGACGUGCCACAGUCACCCUUCCACGGGCCGGAGGCUGGACUGGCACAGGCAGCGGCCACCGCAUGUAUGCACCACUCCCCUGCUGACGUAUCUCGACGCCGCCUUCGACUUGCAGGAGCAGCCCGUGCCACCUGCUGAUCAGGAUGAGGAUGUUUCUCGUGCCCCACGUCCGCAGUUCAAGACCACCGCCCUCACUCCCCGCGAAGGAGUCGCCUACCUUGUUAGUGUGCAUGGUGCGCGAGCAACAUCACCAAACAUACCACCACGAGCCAGUAAUCUCCGGUAUCCCGCCGUAAAGUUUUGGGACCGCGUCUUCGGCGCAAUCCCCUCUCCGGUCGAGCUCCUCCUUGCCAAACACGGGAUCUGCACCUCGCUGGAGGACCCGGCGUUCUUCUCCGUGAUCAAGCUCCUCCUCAGCACCGAAGGCGCCGCCAACGUGCCGGACAUGGUGAGAACCAUGGUCCGCUUCGACAGCGACCAGGCUCCCCGUGCUUCUGACGAAGACGCGAGAGGUAGCCCCGCGCCGCCGACCUGUCCUCCUUCUCCUCCUCCUCCUCCUCCUCCUCCUCCUCCUCAUCCCAGCUCCGCACAGCAGCAAGCCCACGAGGCGCAGCUCUGGGAGCAGCGUUUCUUGCCGCUCUAUAAGCCGAUGCUGUCGUCCCUGUCAAGCGAAGAGAGGGCCCUCGCGCUCCGGCAGCUCGUCCUCGACAAGGUCAGGCUGCGCAUCUGGGCACUCACGCCGGGGAAGUGGCUCGGGCUGCGCGCCGUCGGCCGGGCGAGCAUCCGCUUCCUCGUGGAAGCAGGCGCGGACAUCAACUAUGUCCACGUUUCUAACAAGGAUAAUAGCGAGGGCUACAUCAAGCACGACAACAACAACAGCAGCAACAACAACAACAACAACAACAACAACAAUGACGAGAGAUGCACGUCGUUGGGCGUCUCCCCACGAACAAACAUGUGCACGAGGGAGACGGGCAUGAACCUGCUGCACAAGGCGAUUCACGAGUUUGUCCUCCAUGGUGGCGGGCUCGGCGGGGACCAGAUGCACGAUCACCCGGCGGGGUAUGCGUGCGCGUACACCGGGCGAGUUGCGCGCGCGAUGGGCGAGUUCCUGCUCUUCCUGAUCGGUCUGGGGGCGGAUCCAGAGCGUGGAGGCGUCUCGGGUGAGAAAGAGCAGGGCGGUGGCUUGGAUAACGGCGGAGGUGCGAAUCCAGGAUGCUCUCACGAUACAGACAGACACAAUGACCACGAGGACGAUGAUGGUGAUGACGACGACGAUGACGAGCAUGGCCAUGCCACACCAGCCGACGCUCUGCUCGCUCUCGUCGCGCAGGGCCGAGUGCGAUAUCCCGGCGGCACGCUGGAGCAGGCGCUCAUGUACCUCGUGACUGUGCUGCGGCAGCGGCGCCUCCCCGAACUCGGCCAGGUCGAGAGAUAUAGCGGGAAGAGGAAGCAAUUUCGGGAGCAUUCGCGGACCCGGGAACGCGAGUGGUGGUACCAGCCUGGCGAGCGGGGAUGCGAUGCCGAACUCGACGCUCGUGUGGCUAUGUGCUAUAUCGAGGGCCGCGGUGGCUGA